UAUAUGACAAAUUCCUAUGACUAGGAAUUCCUCCCAGGUGAAUACUGUAUCAAUCAAGUGGCAUUUUAAAAUUUUGCUGGAAGGUGGAGACAUGAGACUGAAGAUAUCUCUUUUAAAAGAACCAAAGCAUCAAGAAUUAGUAAGCUGUGUGGGCUGGAAUACUGCUGAAGAACUGUAUUCAUGUAGUGAUGAUCACCAGAUAGUGAAGUGGAACUUGUUAACUAGUGAAACAAGUCAAAUAGUAAAGCUGCCUGAUGAUAUUUACCCAAUAGAUCUUCACUGGUUUCCUAAAAGUUUAGGCAUAAAGAAACAAACUCAAGCAGAAAGCUUUGUUCUCACAAGUUCUGAUGGCAAAUUUCAUCUGAUUUCUAAGUUAGGAAGAGUGGAAAAAAGUGUGGAAGCUCACUGUGGAGCAGUACUUGCUGGACGAUGGAAUUAUGAAGGAACAGCAUUAGUUACUGUUGGAGAAGAUGGACAAAUAAAAAUCUGGUCAAAGACUGGAAUGCUAAGAUCAACUUUAGCUCAGCAAGGAACACCAGUGUAUUCAGUAGCAUGGGGCCCUGAUUCGGAAAAGGUUCUUUACACAGCAGGCAAACAGCUGAUCAUUAAACCUCUUCAACCAAAUGCUAAAGUUUUACAGUGGAAAGCUCAUGAUGGCAUUAUUUUAAAAGUAGACUGGAACUCAGUCAAUGAUUUAAUUUUAUCUGCUGGCGAAGACUGUAAAUAUAAGGUAUGGGAUAGCUACGGCCGCCCUCUAUACAGUUCACAACCUCAUGAGCAUCCUAUUACCUCAGUUGCCUGGGCUCCAGAUGGAGAAUUAUUUGCUGUUGGAUCAUUUCAUACUUUACGCUUGUGUGAUAAAACUGGGUGGUCAUAUGCUUUAGAAAAGCCCAACACUGGCAGCAUAUUUAAUAUCACAUGGUCAAUUGAUGGCACCCAGAUCGCUGGAGCCUGUGGAAAUGGACAUGUUGUUUUUGCACAUGUGGUGGAGCAACGUUGGGAGUGGAAAGAUUUUCAAGUAACAUUAACUAAAAGAAGGACUAUGCAGGUUCGUAACGUUCUUAAUGAUGCAGUGGAUUUACUGGAAUUCCGUGAUAGAGUCAUUAAAGCCUCUUUGAACUAUGCACACUUAGUUGUUUCAACGUCUCUUCAGUGUUAUGUGUUCUCUACGAAGAACUGGAAUACACCACUUAUAUUUGAUCUCAAAGAAGGAACUGUUAGUUUAAUUUUGCAGGCAGAAAGACAUUUUCUUCUUGUAGAUGGUGGUGGUAUCUAUUUAUAUUCUUAUGAAGGACGUUUCCUUUCCUCUCCAAAAUUUCCGGGAAUGAGAACAGAUAUUCUAAAUGCACAGACGGUCUCUCUGAGUAAUGAUACCAUAGCAAUAAAAGACAAAGCAGAUGAAAAAGUAAUCUUCCUCUUUGAGGCAUCAACUGGAAAACCACUGGGAGAUGGGAAGCUUCUUUCUCAUAAGAAUGAAAUUUUGGAAAUUGCUCUAGAUCAAAAGGGACUUACCAAUGAUAGAAAAAUUGCUUUCAUUGAUAAAAAUAGAGAUCUCUGUAUCACUUCAGUGAAACGAUUUGGGAAGGAAGAACAAAUUAUCAAACUUGGAACAAUGGUGCAUACUCUGGCAUGGAGUGAUACAUGCAACAUCCUCUGUGGACUUCAAGAUACUCGAUUUACAGUGUGGUAUUACCCCAAUACGGUUUAUGUGGACAGAGACAUUUUGCCUAAAACAUUAUAUGAAAGGGAUGCAAGUGAAUUUAGUAAAAAUCCGCAUAUCGUGAGUUUUGUUGGAAAUCAGGUAACUAUAAGAAGAGCUGAUGGCUCACUGAUUCACAUCAGCAUAUCACCAUAUCCUGCUAUUCUCCAUGAAUACGUAAGCAGUUCAAAAUGGGAAGACGCUGUAAGACUUUGUCGUUUUGUUAAGGAGCAAACCAUGUGGGCUUGCCUAGCUGCUAUGGCAGUUGCUAAUCGAGAUAUGACUACUGCAGAAAUAGCCUACGCGGCAAUUGGUGAAAUUGAUAAGGUUCAAUACAUCAAUUCUAUAAAAAAUCUUCCAUCUAAAGAAUCAAAAAUGGCCCACAUAUUAAUGUUUAGUGGGAACAUACAGGAGGCUGAAAUGGUACUUCUUCAGGCUGGCCUUGUUUAUCAAGCAAUUCAGAUCAAUAUUAAUUUGUACAACUGGGAAAGGGCACUUGAAUUAGCUGUUAAAUACAAAACACAUGUUGAUACAGUGCUUGCCUACCGUCAAAAGUUUUUGGAGACAUUUGGUAAACAGGAAACUAAUAAACGAUACCUGCAGUAUGCAGAAGGUCUCGAAAUAGAUUGGGAGAAAAUCAAAGCCAAAAUUGAGAUGGAAAUUACUAAAGAACAAGAGCGAUCCUCAAGCAGCCAGCCCAGCAAGAAUAUUGGUCUUAAGCACUAAAUGCCAUGCUUACCUUUAAGAAGUUUUACCUUUUGAAACUGAUUCUGAUUAACCAAGGAUAAGCUUGUUUUCCUUGCUUAAAAAAAGGCAGAAUCUCUAAGUAUAAGCACUUGCUGUGUAUUUAAUACCAAAAGGAUAGUCAGAAAGACUAAGCACAAAAUAAUUGAUGUAAUUUCAUCUUUUAUAUUUUUGGUCCAAUAAUUAGCAAAACAUCCUAUAUAUUUAUGAUGCAUCUAUGUAGUAUUGCUUACAUUCCAGUUUUCUGUCCAUUAUUUUAUCCCUGAAUCUUCAGUAUGAACAAUAUUAAUGCUGAUAAUAAAACACUGGACUCUUUAAAAUGUAUGUCAUCAUUAAUUUCUAUUUGAUCUCAAUUGUAAAGUGCUCCAAAAGUUUAUUUAUACAACAAAAAAUGAAGCUUGACUUAUGAAAGUAUAAAAUAAUACAUAUACUUGUAAACCAAUGUUCAUAGCAGCAUUAUUCACAAUAGCAAAAUGGUGGGCAAAAAAAGACGGCCAUCAGCAGAUGAAUGGAUAAAUAAUAUGUGGUAUUUACACACAGUGGAAUAUUAUCCAGCCUCUAAAGAGAAUGAAAUUCUGAUAUGUGCUACAACAUGGAUGAACCUUGAAAAUACUAUGCUAAGUGAAAUAAGCCAGACACAAAAGGUCACACAUUGUAUGAUCCCACUAACAUGAGAUACCAAAAAUAGGCGAGUUCACUGAGUCAGAAAGGCGAAUGAAUAGUAGUUGCCAGGGACUGUGGGAGGGAAAAUUGGGGAGCUAUUGUUUAAUAAGUUCAGAAUUCCAGUCUGGCAUGAAUGAGUUGUGGAAAUGUAUAGUGGUGAUGGUUGCCCAACAUUGGAAAUGUACUUAACGCCACUGAAUUGUACACUUGAAAAUGGUAAAUUUUGUUAUAUAUAUUUACCAUAAUUUUAGAAAUAUAUCUAGAAUGGGCAAGAAAUAUUUUCCUCAUUCCUCUUCUGACUUGAGAAUGUUUAGGCACUAGGCCCUAGAGUCUGAAUUUGUGAAAAUCUCCUUAAAUGAUCAAUCUGUUUGACUAGCCUUAAUUCAGUAUGUCCUAAAACUAUUAUUACCACAAUGCUUUUUAACAUUGACACAAAUAAUCCUUAGAAAUUCUUCCAUGAAGCCAUUUUUGGAAAUGGUAUAUUAUAGAGUGGGCAUAGGCAUAUGCAUGGGAAAGUGAUUACCUCUCUCACCCCCACUUUAAUUAAUAUAUCUAGUUUUUUUUUUUUAAUGAAAGUGUUCCUAUCUUUUCAACAUAUUCCUUUUUCUUUCUGGAAUGUUGGAAUGUUCUGUUCUUCAUCCAGAUGUCGGGUACAAAGGUGUGUCAGUUUGUGAAAUAUGAUUGAGCAGUUUACUUGUAAGUUGUACUUAUACAUUUAUAUAUGUUUUCUAUAUUAUGUUAUAUGACAAUAGAAAGUUU